GCUUUUUUUGGCACUUUAGUGGGUUAAGCAGGAAAUUUAGAAGCAAAGUCACCAACCCCACCAUUUGAUUUCUUCUCCUCUACUUUUUCACCCAGUUGACAAUGUCUGCUACUGCUAGUAUGAUCAACCCACAGCACAAGAAAAAAAAGAAGACGAGAAAGAACACAAGCCAAGGACCUGGACUUUUCUCUGGAUUCGGCAAGGCAGCCCAGGGUGUGCUUACAAAGGGCUAUAAACAGGAUUGGCUAUUUUGCAUCUCGACCCCCAGAUAUGAUCGAUGGGUAAAUGCUGAUCUUACCUUUUGAUUCGUAUGACAUCAUUCUCCUUAGUUUCAAUUUUCCAGUGAAACUGAGAGUAUCCUCUACAUUGCUUUCAGAAUUAUACUUCAACUGCACUGAAACAAGAAAGUGGUUCAAUAAUGGGGGUUACAGCAACAUAUGAGUACGAUGAUAACACAACAAUCCACAUAAACCUUGACACAAAAUCACUUGUGAGUUUGGUUUGCUUUCAGGUGCUGCAAUUGAAUUAGAAAUUUAGAAUGCCUGCACUAAUCAGGAUUUUGAGCUUCUGCUUUUUACUUCUUUGAAUGGCAGAUCUCAACAACUUCCACUUUUGGUAUUAAGUUUCCGCCAUUCACAAAUGUUACAGCUUCACUGAGCCUACCUGAUUACAAUUCUAGCAAGGUAUUGAAUCAUGUUUAGGCAUCUGAUUCCUUGACACAGUGACAAGUCACAAGUAUCAUGAUGUAAAAACAGUGUCAUCCUAACUGCAGAUACAUGUGUUUUAUCAUUCUAUUUCAGCUGAAGAUCCAGUCUCAACGCUUUAGUAGCAAUUCAGCUUUAGCCAUGUUUCUCUCUCUAGACCAAUCCCCUGCAGUUAAACUUUCAGCAACAGUUGGAUCUCCAGGCCUUGCAUUCGGCGCAGAGACAAAAUACAAUAUUUCUACUGAUUCAUUCACCAAAUUUAAUGCGGGAAUUAGCAUGAUGAAGCCUGAUUGCAAUGCUUCAAUAAUUAUGUAUGUCAUCAUGCUUAAAUCACAAACAACAUGAAUAAAUCAAAAUAUAAACUGCAUUUCAGG